AUGGAGCCCCCCUGGAGGCAGCCUCGCCCUUGUCUGCUCCUCGUGGUGCUUAGCUGGCUUCAGCCUGGCCUGAGCCUGGAGGUGGUCCCCUAUACACCGCAGAUAACAGCCCCGGACCUGGAGGGGAAGGUCACAGCCACUACGUUCUCUCUGGAGCAGCCUCGCUGUGUCUUUGAUGGACAUGCCAGCACCUCUGACACCAUCUGGCUGGUGGUGGCCUUUAGCAAUGCCCCAUCUGGCUUCCAGAACCCACAGAAUCUGGCGGAGAUCCUGGCCUUCCCACACCUGCUAACCAAUGGCUACCACAUGGCACUGCCCUUGUCCCCCCACCAGCUGUCCUGUGAGGACCGUGGGGGCAGUGGAGUCAUCCCUGUGCUUCGGGUGGGCAGUGACUUUGGGUGCCACCAGCAGUCCUAUUGCAACGCCCCUCUCCCCAACCCCGGGCCCUUCAGUGUGAAAUUCCUCCUGAUGGACACCAGUGGCUUACCCAAAGCUGAGACCAAAUGGUCGGAUCACAUCGCUCUGUGCCAAGGUAGUGCUGGGGACUCCAUAGACACAUGGCCUGGGCAGCGGAGCAGCUGUAUGAUUGUCAUCUCCACCAUCCUUGCUUCCCUGGCCGGCCUCCUGCUCCUGGCCUUCCUGGUAGCCUCCACUGUACGCUUCUCCAGCCUGUGGUGGCCCGAGGAGGUCCCUGAACAGCUGCGGAUUGGCUCUUUUAUGGAGAAACGCUACAUGACCCACCACAUCCCACCCAGCGAGGCUGCCACGCUGCCUGUGGGCUGUGAGCCUGGUUUGGACCCCCUCCCCAGCCUCUGCGCCUAG